AUGUCGACGUCGCAGUUGAGAAUGCUCGGAGGAGUUUUGGCAGUAGAGCAAUCUGUAAAAAUGAAUAUGGUGAACUGGUUGCGGCCUGUUCCAAACUCCGCCAUUAGAUUCCGGCAGAUCAACCGACUCAUUAUGGCAGACACCUCAGAUCAGAAUCCAUCAAACCAAAAUUCGUCCUCAUCAGUGAGUCAUUCCGCCAUUGAUGAUGGCUCUAGUCCGUAUUAUCUUCAUCACUCAGACAGUCCAGGUCUCAUUCUCGUUUCACAGCCUCUAACAGGUGAGAAUUACACAUCCUGGAGUCGUGCUAUGAUAAUAGCAUUAUCAGUGAAGAACAAAUUAGGAUUUAUUGAUGGAUCCAUCAGUCGGCCUGAAAGUAAUGUUGAUCUUCUUAAUUCGUGGAUUCGUAAUAACAAUAUUGUUAUCUCAUGGAUCCUUAAUUCUGUAUCAAAAGACAUUACAGCUAGCAUAAUAUACUCUGAAUCUGCUCAUGAAAUCUGGACUGAUCUUAAGGAACGUUUUCAACAAAGGAAUGGUCCAAGAAUUUUCCAACUAAAACGUGAAUUAAUGAAUCACACACAAGGACAGAUGUCUGCUAGUGUCUAUUUCACUAAAUUGAAAGCUGUUUGGGAGGAACUUAGCAAUUACAGACCUUCCUGCUCGUGUGGAAAAUGUGAGUGUGGAGGAAAUAAGAAGUUAGCUGAAUUUUACCACAUGGAGUAUGUCUUUCCUAAUGGGAUUAAAUGA